UGCCUUUCAUUUUUUAAACCAGUCUGUUUUUUUUUUCAAAGUCACGUUCGAGAAAGGUAGAGCGUUGAACAGCCAAUGAAAGCCUUAGCACGGGACCUGGACUUUUUUUUGAAGCCUGCACAGAGAAAACAAAAAAUAGAUUCCAGGGCCAUCCUAACCACCUCUACACAAUGCUCUUUAAGCACAUUAAUCAGGUCCAAGUGGCCAUGUCACCAUUCAACGUGUCAUCACGAUCAGCAAGACUCUUCUUGAAUCGAGUGCAAACUGAUGCAGCAAGGAAAGCCAGCCCAGGGCUUAAAAUCAAUACACAAGUGCUUUCGGAUCCAGCAGCUAAGUCAGUGAUUGACAUUGCAUAUCGCGACGGGAAAAAGCUAAGCUUCCAAGCGGAUGAAUACAACAUUGAUCACAUUAUGAACAUGGUGAAUAAGCAUGCGAAAAAGCUGGAGGAAAUCGAGCAAGCUAACGCAUAGAAGAACGAAACAACAACGAAGAAAAUAGAAAAAUAUAGAGAAAUAGUUGGCGAUAAGCGAGAAUGGCCAAUUGGUAUCAUCCUUCAUGCAACUUCAGCCAGCUUUUCCAGAAGAGCCUUUUCUAAUAUGAAUUUGCCUUCUUUGUAUUUCUGACUUUCUUCAACCGCUUUUACCUGUGU